AACACUAUGUCUGGAACUAAAUGCUGCUACGAUGCCAACCGUCUCUUGAUGCACUCCGGGGAUACCAUGUAUGCCGGUAUGGCCGGUCGGUCCCAUAUUCGCGGUUCCAGUCCCUACAUGGCGAGGAACCUAGUCCCGGAACUGUCCCAUUGGUCUAAUGACGUCAUCGCCAAACACUUCUGUUGUGGCUGGGCUGGGGAGAAGGAAUGCUUUGACUACCUCACAUUCAGACCUACCACCGAUUGCGCCAUUUACGAACCCCCAAAUAACGCAUUAUCGUUUGGAGAUCCCCAUUUCAUCACGAUGGAUAGGUACAACUAUACAUUCAAUGGUUUAGGCGAGUUCACCCUUCUCCGUUACGCUACAAGUGGGACUAAGACCGGUGCUUCUGACUUUGAGCUUCAAGCAAGGCAGAUAAAGACUAUGGAUAGGAAUGGUCAACAGGUAGACGUUACACAGCUGUCGUCGGUAGCAAUGAAGGACAGCGGCUCGGACAGUAUCUUCGUUGAGGCGAGCGCAACCAGCGGAAUGGACGUCUACAGGAGGAGCAUGGAUGGAAACGGCGAAUGGCAAUUGGUGUACUUCUCACAGCAGACCUUCACUGAUUUACAAGGAUGUGCCGUGGGUGUCACGAGCUUUGAGCGCGAAUUCGAAAUCCACGGUGUGGUCGUCAUGUUUAAAGAAACCAGCAUUGGUGUUCACGUAACCUACGACUAUGGAAUGCUUGCUGUACGACCGAUCCUUCCUUCAACGUUCAAUAGCAAGCAUCUGUUUGGGUUGCUAGGCAACAUGGAUGGUGACUCUAGCAAUGACCUAGUGAGAAGAUACAAUAACAUCCCUCUCGAGGACCCGUCAGACGAAGAGAUAUUCAAGUUUGGCCAAUCAUGGGAGAUCGAAACCGACUACAGCCUCUUCCGUUAUGUAUCCGGCCUCACCCACGCCGAUUACCACAUCUCGACCUUCGUACCCCUUAUGAACGUCAACCUCCCCACCCUUUACCCAGCAUGUAACGAGGUCAGCCAGUGUCUGUUCGACUAUGAGGUGUCUAACGAUGACGUACAACUUGCCAUGGCUACGCUGGGUGCUUUCGAAGCCUUCGAGAGCAGCUCUGAAAAUAUUAGGAAAGUCGGCGCAUGUCCAUAUCAAAUUUCACCCUAUAAUGGUACGAAGACGUACUCUUCAGAUUCGAAUAAAUACUUCGAGGACGCCGAAGUCUCAUUCACCUGUGACGAGGGCUUGAUUAUGGUCGGGUCAUCCUACAAGCGAUGUGCGUACAGCGCAGAGGAGGGAAGCUUAAUGUGGACCGGAUCAACAGGCGAUAACGCAUGCAUUGAGUCGUCAUGCGGCGUCCUGGACACACCAUCCAAUGGCUCGAUCUCUCUCAGCGAAGAUGGCCUAACAGCGACAUUUGCUUGCCAGGAAGGGUUUACCAUGAACGGCGGAAAUGAAUCGGUAUGCCGAGACGCGGUAUGGAGCAACGGCGCCCCGACUUGCACCGACAUCGAUCUCAUAUACAAUAACGCCGUCGUCAUCGCCCUCAGUGUGGUCUUUUCCAUUAUCUUUAUCGUACUCCUCGUCGUUGGCAUAUUCGUGUUUCUGCGACAUCGGUAAUCGGGCCUGUUCAAUUCCGACAAACAAGAACCACAAAACAGUCAGAACUUUUCCACCAAUGGAAUGGAGAACGACGCAGGUAACGCCAAGCAUAUCUAUAUGGAUUUAAAGAACCGACACAGUCUCGCGCCAUGUGAGAGCGACAAAGUUCAAGAUUUAUAUACAAAAUUGAAAAUAUAAAAAAAAUCACACAUUACUUUGAAUCAAGAGCGGAACGGGUUAAAUUGAUCUCAUAAACUUUUUCGUUUUUGCGACAAUAACAACUUACUCUAAAUGUUGUAUUGUGUACAAAUGGCAUACGUAAUGUGUUAACUAUGAGUGACGUCCCGGCAGCAAAUAUAUUCACCAAUAGUGUGCUCUUGUAUGUCUCAAAUCAUAACACGAAAAAAGGAACUAAUACAAAACUGGUCAAAAUCGUGUAGAAAUAAUUCUUAUUGAAGUAAUUUCGAAUCUUGAAAAGGCAUUCUUUACUUUGCGUUAUUUUGAGUCCUUUCGACUUUCUACAGAGAAUUGGCAGUAAAAGUGGUGUAAAAACGAAAGCCCGUGAUGAAUUUGUAGUCAUUCUCGAAAUGAAUUUUUCACUGGAAUAUUAUCCACCAAGAUCAUGAAGUACUUAAAUACGCAUUCUACAAUGAAUUGAAACAACUAAGCUGACAAGAAAUUUAAUUAUUCUGAGCAGGGGCGGCAAUUCCAGGGAACGGGGGGGGCACGUCUCCCCUCAAUUU